AUGGACCUUUGCCGGCGACCACCCAACCCGAAACCCCUCAACCACCGCCUCCGCCCUAAUCAAACCGCCGACGCCGCCGACCCCAGUUCAUACCCUAAGGCCUCCGACGCUCUUCCUCUGCCACUUUACCUCACCAAUGGCCUCUUCGUCACUCUCUUCUUCACAGUCGCCUACUUCCUCCUCACCAGGUGGCGUGAGAAGAUCCGCACGUCCACUCCGCUCCAUGUGGUGACGCUCUCGGAGAUCGCCGCCAUCUUCUCCCUCUUCGCCUCCGUCAUCUACCUCCUCGGCUUCUUCGGCAUUGACUUCGUCCAGUCCUUCGUCGCUCCCCGAACCCCGCAAGACGACGACUGGAACGACGUAGUCGGCCUCGAACCAACCCCACUGCCGCCACCAGGACCGAAAAAGGACGAGACGCUCCUCUUUAAGGAAGACGAGGAGAUCGUCCAAUCGGUGUUGUCCGGAACGACGGCGUCGUACGAGCUAGAGGCGAAACUAGGGGACUGCCGGAGAGCGGCGGGGAUCCGACGCGAGGCCUUGGAGCGGACGAUGGGCCGUUCGCUGGAGGGUCUACCGUUGGAUGGGCUUGACUAUGAGUCGAUACUGGGACAGUGCUGUGAGAAUCCGGUGGGGUAUGUGCAGAUUCCGGUGGGAGUGGCCGGGCCUCUGUUGCUGGACGGAAAAGAGUACAUGGUGCCUUUGGCGACGACGGAGGGUACCUUGGUGGCCAGCAUCAAUAGGGGCCUCAAGGCCAUCUACGCCUCCGGUGGGGCCAUCAGCGUCCUCCACAAAGACGCCAUGACCAGAGCUCCAAUUGUUAGGUUUGGCUCUGCCGUUAGGGCUGCAGAGCUCAUGUUAUUCGUCGAGGACCCUCUCAACUUCAAUACUCUUGCUGCCGUUUUCAACAGGUCUAGUAGAUUUGCAAAGCUUCUAAAGAUUCAAUGCCAAAUAGCAGGCAGGAACCUAUACAUCAGGUUUGCUUGCAGCACUGGAGAUGCCAUGGGGAUGAACAUGAUCUCCAAGGGCGUUCAAUAUGUUUUAGAAUACCUUCAAAAUGACUUCCCUGACAUGGAGGUUAUAGGCAUCUCUGGAAACUUCUGCUCAGACAAGAAAGCAGCGGCGGUAAAUUGGAUUCAAGGGCGAGGAAAAUCAGUAGUAUGCGAGGCAAUUAUCAAGGAAGAAGUGGUGAGGAAAGUACUGAAAACCAAUAUGGAUUCCCUUGCGGGGCUUAAUGUGAAUAAAAACUUAAUUGGGUCUGCUAUGGCUGGUACUGUUGGUGGGUUCAAUGCCCACGCCAGCAACAUUGUUUCUGCACUCUUCAUAGCCACUGGCCAGGAUCCUGCUCAGAAUGUGGAGAGUUCUCACUGCAUCACCCAGAUUGAAUCUGUGAAGAAUGGCAAGGCUAUUUAUAUUGCUGUCAGCAUGCCUUGCAUUGAGGUGGGGACAAUUGGAGGAGGAACACAACUUGCAUCUCAGUCAGCCUGCUUGAACCUACUGGGUGUGAAGGGUGCUAACAAAGAGUCCCCCGGUGCAAACGCAAGGCAAUUGGCCAGAAUCGUGGCUGGUGCUGUCCUGGCAGGGGAGGUUUCUCUUCUGGCAGCCAUUGAUACUGACCAGCUUAUGACCAGCCACAUGAAAUACAACAGAUCUAGCAAGGAUGUCAUACACCUUGCCUCCACCGAAUAG